AUGGCUAGCAACAACCCAGCAAAUACACGGCCCCGACAACCUCGGGCCCAGAAUCUGCCUCGCAACCCAGCAGGUCCACAGCCACAGCAGCCUCGGGCUCAGAAUCCACCCCCGCUUCAGUACUCUGAGUCUCCGGCGUUUGAGCUCCCAUCUUUUACACUCGCGCCACAACCGGCCCCUCAGUCUCCAGAGUUUGAUCCCGAGGAGCUCCCAUCUUUUGGAGUCGCGCCGCAACCGCCCCCUCAGUCCGUACCAUCCCAGGUCUCAUCAACUGAAUAUCCACAUGAUGAAGCCCGCCCUCCCUUCCAGCGGCAGUUCUCAACCGACGGCGUCAUCAUCAUCUGGUACGGCCCGCGUCACGACAUACCCCCGCGUUUGGCCCUCCAAGUCUACGUCAAGUUCGACACCUCGCACUACACGGGGGUCCAGCUCGACAGCCUCGUCCGGUCCAUCUGGAGGGAAUGCUUCACCGACACCUUUCCGGCCGGUGUGCGUCUCGACAUCAUCAUGAACAACAGAAAUGGAAACCCCAUCAGGUGGGACUAUGACUGCGUGGUGCACUACGAGGGGACCCUCAAUUUAUCCUGCAAAUUUCCGGACCCGGUGACGGAGCCGAGACGGGUCGAGGACAUGCGUGGGCAACUACUACUGCCACACCCGUUCAUGAGACACAUGUCGGAUUACCUCCAUCCCGACAGCGGCGUCAGGUACACGGGCUUCAUCAUCACCGUGUCCGACCCGAAAGUCCUCGAAACCGACGGGCUUGGCCCCUCGCUCAUGUGGUUCAACCCAACUGACCCGGACAUCAUGGUGCGUCGUACGCCCGCCGAGCCCCCGUCGAGUCUGGAACUGCAGAAACAGCGAGAGGCGUAUGAGAGAGACUCGAGAUGGUUAGACGUGGGAGCUAGGCGGUUGUAUGCGCGCGUUGACGGGUCUUGCCUGUGGUCGAAGUGUUUGAGGCGCAUGUGCGCAUCGAUGCAUGGUUAUAGGUCCUGGGAAGAUGGGUACUAUGAUGAGCUCGCUCGCGCUUCGGGUGAGAGCUACGUGCAUCCCUUAUCGGCGCUAGUUGCUGGUCGAGAUGAUGUUUAA